UCAUGCUGCUGCCAGGUCCAGAGUCUCUCAUGGGUCCCUGUACGGCCUCCCAUUGCUGCUGUCUCCAUCGCCACACUCUGCCAUGUGCCACUUUCAGGUCUCCUCACACUGCUGGUGUGUUCCAUUUUUUGUCAUAGGGUGCUGGCAGAUUACGGGCCUCCCAUUGCUGCUGCCAGGCCCGUAAUCUGCCAUGGGCCCCUGUACCGCCUCCUCAUGCUGCUGCCAGGUCCAGAGUGUGUCAUGGGUCCCUGUACGGCCUCCCAUUGCUGCUGUCUCCAUCGCCACACUCUGCCAUGUGCCACUUUCAGGUCUCCUCACACUGCUGGUGGUUUCCAUUUUUGUCAUAGGGUGCUGUAUGGCCUCCCAUUGCUGCUGCCUCCACCGCCACACUGUGGCUCCACACUCUGGUUUUGGCCCCGUGACUGCCCAAAUGAGUGAAGUGUGCGGUGAUUCUAAGAUCGACGGCACUCAUCUGCAUGUCAUACUG